ACAGAUACCGGAAGUGUUGUGGCAGUCUGGUGUCAUUCGAAAUUGCAGGUGAAACGCGCCCAUCGUAUAAUUCCGACGUGUCUGCCCGGUUGUCGGACCACGGAGGGGAGCGGACAGGUCGGUUGACGUCCGCCGGUUCGGACCCCCCCCCCCUUCCCCGGGACGUAGGCGAUGGAGCCGCUGAUUUCCUGGCUCACGGGGAAACGUGUCCUGUUCUCGGCUUCGUUCGCCGUGAGACUGGCUUUGGUUUUCUACGGAGAGCACCAGGACAGGACCAUGUCGGUGAAGUACACUGACGUCGACUACCACGUGUUCACGGAUGCUGCCGGGCUCGUCGCCGAGGGCGGGUCCCCGUACAACAGAUCGACCUACCGCUACACUCCUCUGCUCGCUUGGCUUCUCACCCCCAACAUCUAUCUCUGCACGGCGUUUGGCAAGAUCCUGUUCGUUGUCUGCGACGUGCUGUCAGGACUGCUCAUAUAUAGAAUCCUCCGCCUGCGAGGGCUGACCUCUGAGACGGCACGUCGUGUUUCUUCCCUGUGGCUCCUCAACCCACUGCCCAUGGGAGUAUCCAGCCGAGGUAACGCGGAGUCCAUCCUGGCAGCCCUGGUGCUGGGGACACUGCUCUGUAUGCAAGGUCAACGUCUCAUGUGGGCAGCCCUCCUGUACGGCCUGUCGGUCCAUAUGAAGAUCUACCCCGUCACCUACGCUCUGCCCAUCGCUCUGACCCUGCGCUCACCGGAGACCAGGCCAGAGGAGGGCAAACCACGGUGGAGGAGGUUCAUCGGGUUCACAGGAAGCUUCGUCAAUGCAGAGCUCCUCCUCUUCGCGAGUGUGGCCGGAGGAGUUUUCUUUGUGCUCACUGCACUCUUCUACUACAUGUAUGGCUGGGAGUUCCUUCAUGAGACCUACUUGUACCAUCUGACCAGGAGGGACAUAAAACACAACUUCUCUCCAUACUUCUACAUGCUCUACCUCACUGCAGACAGCAGGUGGAGCCAGUGGCUUGGCCUGGCUGCGUUUCUCCCUCAACUCGUCCUGCUGUUGGCAGCAUCGUGGGCCUUUCGCUCUGACCUGGCCUUUUCCUGUUUCCUCCACACGGCCAUCUUUGUCUCCUUCAACAAAGUCUGCACUUCACAGUACUUCCUGUGGUACCUGUGCCUACUUCCUCUGGUCAUCCCUCACCUGAGUCUGUCUCUAGAACAGGGAGUGGGGCUGCUGCUCCUCUGGUUCGCUGGGCAGGGCAUUUGGUUGGGCCCGGCCUACUUCCUGGAGUUUGAAGGCUACAACACCUUCCUGUUGAUCUGGCUCGCUGGAUUGCUCUUCUUGAUCGUCAAUUGUUUCAUCUUGAUUCAGAUCAUUGCCCAUUACAAACCAACACAAACCCCACAAAGACUUAAGGUUGAGUAAAUGUGGGAGGAUUUCUCACUUCGCUCACUAAUUCAAUAUGAAGAUUCAAAGGAUGUUCCACCUUUCUGUGCUUUUUCCUGGAGAUCAUGGACUAAAGUUUGUAGUUUGUUGAAUCACAGUCUCUCCAGUGCUUUACUGCUAAUUAUUUUUCAUGUGACCUUUAUAAACAUAGCAUUGAGCAGUCAUAUACUGUUGUACCACUUUCUGAGCCUCAAAGCCAUACCGGUAAAGCCACUACUGAUUAAAUUCUUGCCACUGCAGGUUAAACCCCUCCUCAGUGAAUCCACUGGGCCGAAAACUUUCGGGUCUGUACCACCUGUGGCCAUACCUCACGACAAAGCAGAUGUUUUCCAUUUGCUGGAAGGGCCAAAGAUCAGAGAACACAAAGUUCCCCGACAGUCUUAACAACCAUGAACUGAGUAUGUUUUCUUGGUUUGGAGAAAAAUACUUUUUAAGUAUCGCUGCACAUUUCUCUACCAUAUGUAAAUUUUAUGUGAUUCCAGCCACUGACACUCAAGACAAAAUAUUUCACUAUAUAUAUAAUGGGAAAUGUGAAUGUAAUACAAUAUACCAAUGUCUAAUGUAAAUAUCGAAGAUACUGUAGAGUUUGGAUUAAACUAUGUUCUUUUUA